AUGACUGAAACAUAUUCUGGUCUUGAAGAUCAACGAGAAUAUAGAACGGACUAUAUUCAUAGGCAACCGUUGGCAUGUAAGCCCAGUACUCUAAGCGAAGCUGUAAAAGUUGUAAAUUUUAUGAAGUCCCGUGCUACAAAUUCUCGUUUGUUCCGUGAACUUUGUGAAUACUUGGCAAGUCUUCACGUCUCUUUAUUACUUCAUACAGAAGUUAGUUGGCUUUCUCGUUGCAAAGUUUUGACCCGCUUGUUUGAAUUGAAGUCUGAAGUUCAGGCAUUUCUUCUUGACCAUCCAUUUCAUUUGUCCGUUUCUGUAUCCGACAUUCUGUGGAUCCAAACACUUGCAUACUUAGCCGAUAUUUUUUCUGAAUUAAAUGAACUAAGCAUGUCUUUACAAAGUCCAGGAAUCACCAUUUUCAAUGUUCAUGAUAGAACAGAAGCCAUGCUAAAGAAAGCCAACUUUUGGAAGCAAUGUCUGCAGAUGAAUGACAGCUUUUUAUCAGAGAAUAAAAUUCAACUUAACGAAGACAUUAAAAGAGAUAUUACUGAUCAUCUCAAACAGCUUCAGUCAACAUUCAAAAAGUAUUUUCCUAAUAAACCUGGAUCAAACAACUGA